AGUCAGCUGUUAAUUUUUAAUGAUUGACUUGUUUUUUAAAUUAAAAAAAAAAUGUCAAUGAUUAAAGAAAAAAAUAUAUCAAAACAAUCAGUUGGAGAUGGUAACAGAUCAGGAAGUCGACCUGGUACCAGAAGAAAUUCAGCUGUUGGAAGUGCAUAUGGAAGCAGUACAGCAUCAUUAUUAUGGGGAACAAGAAAUAGCAUUGCAUUUAAAACUGGCAGAGGAGGAUUUAAGGUACCAAGAUAUCAAAAUACAUAUCAACUUGAAUCAUUAAAUCCAUUAAAAAUAUCAGUAAUUGAUAAAAUAUUGUCAAAUGUUAUGAAUGAGCAAUUAAAAAAUAUACAAAAAUAUGAUCCAGUUGUUGCUAAUAAAUUAUCCAGAGACAUGGGAAUGGAAAUACGUAAACAAAUAUUUAAAAAAAAUUUCACUAGAUACAAAUAUAUUGUGUCAAUAACAAUAAUUGAAAAACAAAAUCAAGCUGUUAAUUUUGGUAUGGGAUUUUUGUGGGAUCAUGAACGAGAUAAUUAUUCGAAAUAUGUUUUUGAAAAUCCAAAUUAUUAUGCAAUUGGUGUUGUUGCUGGUGUUUAUUAUGAAUAAAUAAAUAUAAUUUUGAUUAUUUAAAAAAGAAAAAAAAUUAAUUGAGGUAUUUAUAAUUCUUUAAUGUCAAUUAAUUUUUUAAAAUUAAAAUUAUCUAUUGAAGGAAC